GCUGAUGGCUACUGUCUCACGAUUGCAGUCUCAUCUUAACCACGAUCCAUGUAACAUUAAAUAAAAUUAAUCAUAACAAUUACUUAUUAGAUACAUGGAUCUUCUAGGCAAGCGCGCUCCAUCUUAGGCUGCAUCAUCACUUGCCAGCAGGUGUGAUUGCAGCCAAGUGCUAGUCUUUAACUUAAAAAAAAGUACAUACCUAAGUACUCACAAAAAAUUAAUUGAGAUUUGUAUUUAUCAAUUAAGCUAAAAAGUUCCGUAGCAUAACAAAAUAUUAUACUGAGGUGGAUGUCUUAUCAGUGGAUCAUUAAAUAAUGCUACGAUAAAACAUCGAUCGAUCGGAUAAAUCUUGGUAUAAAACUGAGAUCCGAAAAAUAAAUCAAAUAACUACAGAAAAAUACGAAGCAUGAAGACGGUUUUGUGCUUAUUGUGUGUAGCGGUUUGCUACGCAAUCGCGGGUGCCUCCUCCCUGGUGGACGGCAAGUACUCGCGAUACAUCGAGUUCCCAGAUGGCGACGGUGUAAUGCAAGCUGUGGAUUUACUAGAGCCUGUCGACACGGAACUGCUGAGGGAAGUCGAGAGGAACCCGGCUAAUAACAAUUACCUACUCUACACAAGGCGCAAUAGGAGAUCGUCUCAGAGGCUGAUAAUUAACAACGUGAAUAGUAUCCGGAAUUCGAACUUCAACGCCAACCACCAGACCGUGGUCAUCGCCCAUGGUUGGCUCGGCAAUCAAAACACUAAUAUUAACCCAACAAUCAGAGAUGCAUAUCUUAAUAAAGGUGAAGCAAAUGUGAUUGUUUUGGACUGGAGGAGGCUCGCCGUAUCCACAUACCCCACAGCUGCGGCUGGAGUCCCAGCGGUAGGACGUGGCCUUGGGCAGUUCCUGGAGUUCCUACACAGUGUUACUGGACAGCCUUUUAACAGGAUGCAUCUAGCUGGGUUCAGUUUGGGUGCUCAUUUAGUUGGCAAUGCUGGAAGACAGUUGGGCGGAAGAGUGGCCCGUGUUACCGGCUUAGAUCCAGCAGGUCCACUGUGGAAUCGGAACUCAGAACGUCUGCGACCCACCGACGGUGUAUACGUGGAAGCUAUCCACACAGACGGUGGUACCACCGGCCUUGGCAUCGGGACUGCCAUUGCUAAUGCUGACUUCUUCCCGAAUGGUGGCAACUCGCAACCUGGUUGCUACAACAGUAUCUGUAACCAUAACAGGGCUUAUGAACUGUUCGCUUCAACUGUGACCCGUAAUCACCUCGUGGGCAGGCAGUGCUCUAACACUGCUCAGAUUUCUGCUAAUAGUUGCCGUGGCAGCAGUUUUCAUAUGGGCAACGAUGAUUUGAAUAAGACAGGAUCUGGCUUAUUUAGAGUUAAUACUGGAAGACGAUACCCGUUCUGAUUCAAAUGGAAAUAUUUAUCAAUUUGCAUGUCUUAUUAUUUAUUAAUGUAUUUACCGCAUAAACAAUAAAUUAUUUCACUGCAUACAAUUA